CAAAUAAGAGCAGACGACAAAAAGAAGACAAAACAUUUCUUGGCAAUCAUCGAAAGUCCUACAGUCUCACUCGAGUCAGAAGGUGUAAAAGCUCAUCCCGUCAGUGUCGCAGAUCUCAGAAUCCCACCCGGCUGCUCGUCUGCACAUCUGUUGUAGCUGCAAAGAAAUCGUAAUAAUUAUCUUUCGCUACAUAACAGUAAUCAUUGAAUCAAUCAUGAUCCUCUCUGCUGCGCACGCCGUCGCCGCUGGACCCGUUGUCGCUUUACAGAAAAUCAAAGGUCCAGAUGUCGAACAGUAUUUGCAUUAUGUCAGCGGUGCCGCUGGUAUGUUGGCAAUGGCCGGAGUCGGUGUGGCAGCCGCCUCAGCUUAUUAUUUGGCCAACCGGCCUAUCCCCACAACACCUCCGUUUGAUUUGGACAAUCAGACGAUUGUCGAGGGACCAGAACUCAUACACUAUUCCCGCUUCGCCAAAGACGGCAAAGAAAUGAAAUUCAUGCGCUAUCUCUACGAAGACACCCGGACCCUGUAUGACGUCUUCCGGCGCGGAGCGCGUGUUUCAAACAACGGACCUUGUUUGGGAUGGAGAGAGGAUCCCACCAAGCAGUACCAAUGGAUGCGCUACGAAGAAACUCUGUUGCGCGCACAGAAUUUAGGCUCCGGCCUAGUGGCUCUUGGCCUCAAGCCCACGCCCGACACACUGGUGGGCGUCUACGGUCAGAACAGUCCCGAAUGGGUACUCAGCGAAUAUGCCCUCUACAGCUACUCCAUGGUAAUUGUGCCACUUUACGACACGCUGGGACCAGAGGCCUGCAACUACAUCAUUAAUCAAGCCGAAAUGUCGCUGGUUAUCUGCGACAACGAAGACAAAUGCAAGUCGUUGCUCAACAAUUCACCCCCGUGUCUGAAGCAGCUGGUCCAUAUGAAACCCAUCUCGCAAGAGACGAUUGAGUUGGCCAAGCGUAAAGGCAUCAACACCUUGAGCUUCGACUAUGUCGAAAAGUUGGGAGCCGAAAAGAAACACAGGCCUGUGCCACCUAGACCAGAGGACUUGAGCACCAUUUGCUACACAUCGGGAACGACGGGCAACCCCAAGGGAGUCAUGCUGACCCACGAGAAUGUCGUGGCUGACGUCAGCGCCACGCUACUCCAAUUGGGUGACCAGAAACCCAACUGCUCGGACGUGAUGAUGUCCUUUUUGCCGUUGGCACACAUGUUGGAACGCAUUUGCCAAAUCGCCGUGUACAUGCAAGGAGGCGCCAUUGGCUUCUUCGGCGGUGAUGUCCGUAAUUUGAUGGACGACAUGAAAGCCCUGAGACCCACCAUCACGCCGGCCGUGCCCCGCCUGCUCAACCGCAUCUUCGACAAGGUUCAGAGCGGUUUGAACAGCUCGUCACUCAAACGCUUCCUCUUCAACGCAGCCCUCAGCUCCAAGGAGAACGAGCUGAGACGUGGAAUCAUCCGGAAUAACACCAUCUGGGAUAAACUCGUUUUGGGAAAAGUUCAAGACAGCAUGGGCGGACGCAUCCGUCUUUUGGUCGUUGGCUCGGCUCCAUUGGCUGGCUCCGUUUUGACUUUUAUGCGUUGCGCCCUAGGCUGCGUCAUUGUGGAAGGUUACGGACAGACCGAGUGCGUCGCUCCGACGACCUUAACCGUUCAGGGAGAUUCUACACCAGAACACGUUGGACCCCCAAUUCCUUGCUGCGCAAUCAAAUUGGUUGACGUACCCGAUAUGAAUUACUACGCCGCCAGUGGACACGGUGAAAUCUGCAUCAAGGGCACCAAUGUCUUCAAAGGUUAUUUUAAGGAACCCGAAAAAACCAAAGAGACGUUAGACGAAGACGGAUGGCUUCACACUGGUGACAUCGGCACCUUUUUACCCAACGGAACGUUAAAGAUUUGCGAUCGCAAGAAAAACAUCUUCAAGCUGUCACAGGGCGAAUACAUAGCCCCCGAAAAGAUUGAAAACAUUUACAUCAAAAGCCAAUAUGUCGCACAAGUCUUUGUUCACGGUGAAAGCCUCAAGUCGUGCACGAUAGCAGUCAUCGUGCCCGAUGUUGAAAACGUCAAAUUUUACGCCGAGGAGCGAGGUAUUCCCGGAACACUUUCGGUCCUCUGCAACAUGCCUGAAAUCAAGCAGCUUAUCAUGAACGACAUCACAGAUCUGGGGAAAAAAGGCGGUCUGAAAUCCUUCGAACAGGUCAAAGAUAUCUACUUGCACCCAGAUGCCUUCUCAGUACAGAAUGGUUUGUUGACGCCCACUCUCAAAUCUAAGCGUCCGGAACUCCGUACUUACUUCAAACCUCAACUCGAGGACAUGUACAUGAAAUUGGACUAAACUAAAAAAGAAAAACAUGCAUCGCUUUACUUCCAUGCUCUUUAUCAGUAAUCUCGUUAUCCAAAUUUGGACGCUUUGCCAUCCUUUGGAUUGUUUGUAUCAUAGUCUGCCAAUAAUUUUUUUUUCGUCCUCUACAUAAGCUUAUUUUCUUCAAAUUACUCCUAUCUUCCUCAGGCCGUCCUAGAAUUUCCCUUAACUUUUAAAUAACACAAAGGAACUUCCUCUCUUUACAUUAUCUUGUCUCCAGACUUUCGUCCUAGAAUUGAAACAAUUUUUGAUGAUUGGGAAACGGUUGAGACAAGCGGAUUUGCAGAUUAAGGAUGAUUAAAAAAAUAAUAAUAACUCGACCGUCGCACUUUUGCAUGUUUGUGAGUAAAUUCUGUUGAUGUUUGGAGAUUGUGGGGUAAUUAAUGCUCUGCGAAUUUAUCUCCCUCUCUUUUUGUUGGGCUAGUUUAGUUUAUUUUUUUUUAUUUUAUUUUUUUUUGUUUGCUCAAAAAAUCAAAUUGGAAAAAAUUGGAAACGAACUUGUUUGAGAACUUCGUGUCGCCUGCCGAGUUACUGGACCCAAUCCCCCUUUUUCAACUGUCGGAUCAUCCGUACCCAUUGUAUUUAAAAAAGAAAGAAAAAGUUUGGAUUUGUUUCGUGAUAGUUGAGGGGGGAUUUUACUUGUGCAGUAAAAGAAAAACGAAAAGUUAAAAAAACAAUGGAAAAACUAAUUUUCCAUCUUCAGAAGAAGCGCGUAUUUCGGGUGUACAUUGUUUCCCUUAUAAUUACAUCAUUAGUAGUCAUUUAUUAUUUUCAUUGCCGCGUGGGAGUGUAUGCGAGUGCCUGAUGGUAAUUUAUAGAGCAACUACAUUCCCGUGUAUUACAUCUAUUAUUAUUGACUACUAACAAUUUUGUCCCCUUUCUUGUCACUCGGAAAUGGACUCUUGUUUCAAAAAUCUAUUAUCAUCCCUCAAACAUGACCGUCUUUCGAUUAAUCUGGGUCAGUAUAAAAUAUUUACGCAAAUUAUGGGGCAGUCAAGCACUGGCUGGAAGGAGGAAUUUUAGGAACAAGGGACUGGGAAUAUAUUGCAGCCAUUUGAAAAAAUUGUAAAGAUGUGGCGUUUCAUGGCGACAUGUUGGGAGAACAGCUUAAUUGAAUUAAUAAGAAAACAUCACUAUCUAGAUGAAUUUCCCGUGUUUUUGUCCUUGCUCUGGUAUCGAUAAAUGAGAGUAAGAAUACAGUGUACAAUAUUGAUCAACAA